UGUAUAAAAAAUAAUAACAGGAAAUUAAAAUGUAGGUAUAAAAAUAAAAUAGAAUAUAGGCAUAAAAAUAGAAUGAAAUUAACUAAAAUAAAAAUAAAUGUAAGUUUGUUCCGGAAACCUGCGCGGAUGAGCGGACUGGAGCGGACAGGGACAAUGGCGACCGGGCCUGUUGUGUCUGUGCAGAGCGGCAGCCCUGCUGGAGAACUCCCUAUUUCGGUACAACAGGGAGGAAAUCCACCUAUUAUAGAUCGGGUAAAAGCAGAAGAUGUAACAGAGUCAGAAAAGCAGAGUCGAACAGUUGCUCUGUUAGAGAGGCUUCAUGCUAAACACAACGCUUCCCGACCAUGGCAAGAAACCUGCAAAGUUGUCCGUCUGGCCAUGGAGAAACGCGGUGUGAUGAAUGCGGCGGGUCACCAGCUCCUACUCAACUGCUUGGAGACUCUGCAGAGAGCACUAAAAGUGUCAUCUCUGUCUUCCAUGACCGAUCGGCUGGAAUCCAUUGCACGACAAAACAUGUUGGGCUCUCACCUCAGUCCUACAGGGACAGAGUGCUACAUCACCUCAGACAUGUUUUAUGUGGAGGUGCAGCUGGACUCAAACGGUCAGCUGGUGGACGUCAAGGUGGCUCAUCAAGGAGAGAACCCCACAAGUUGUCCUGAGUUAAUUCAACAUUUAAGGGAAAAGAAAUUUGAAGAGUUUUCCAAACAUCUCAAAGGACUUGUUGAUUUGUACAAACUUCCAGGAGAUAAUAAACUGAAGACAAAAAUGUACAUAGCACUGCAAUCGUUGGAGCUUGAUCUGGCCAAAAUGAUGCACAUGUUUAGGUUAGCAACCAGCGCUAAUACAGUGGAGACGAUUCUUCACGGGAGCGUGGGCUUGUUGACGCCCAGGAGCGGCGGCAAUCUGGUCACUCUUCAGUGCUACGUUUCGCCUUACGACAUCUUCCAGGAGGGAACGCAGCUCAACUUAACUGACAACAAUGUGCCGCGCUCUCUUGGAGUCAGUGUGUCUGUUACGAUCGAGGGAACCUCCGCUGUGUAUAAGCUUCCAAUCGCACCGCUCAUCACCGGCUCACACCCAGUUGACAACAAGGGCACUCCUGCCUUUUCCACUGUGACCAACUCCAACUGUGUGGACCUGCCAGCUUGUUUCUUCCUGAAGAUGAACCGCCCAAUGCCUUUCUCAGCUGCCUUCAUUAAGAGGAUGAGUAAUGCGACUUUGAUUCCCGUGUUUGAGACUCCUCCCAGCCUGUCACCUCUUUACCAGUUAAUAGUCCAGAGUCAGCUGCAGCUCCUGGAAGAGGGCAGCUCUUUGCCAGCACCCUCACACAACAUGCACUUUUAUUCUAUUUUGCCAGAUCAGCAGCACUGUUACUUUCUGAACGGUAAUGCUCCAAUUCAAGACGGACACUCCCUUCAAGGAGCAAUGGUGUCCAAAAUUCCCUUUCGCCACCCGGCACACGUGCCACUUCUGCUGGACAUCAUUCGCCACCAGGCGGCUUACAACACUCUGAUCGGCAGCUGUGUCCGACAAAAAUCCAUCAAAGAAGACAGUGCAGGCCUUCUGCAGUUUGAAGUUUGUCCUCUCACCGACUCCAGUUUUGGCGUCUCUUUCCAGCAUCCGGUCAAUGAAUCAUUAGUUUGUGUGGUGAUGGAGGUGAUUGACUCCAGACAAGUGUCCUGCAAGCUGUAUAAAGGGCAAUCAGAUGCUUUGAUCUGCACUGAUGAUUUCAUCACCAAAGUGGUCCAGAGAUGCAUGUCUAUUCCUGUUACCAUGCGGGCCAUUCGGAGGAAAGCUGAGACCAUCCAGGCAGACACUCCAGCUCUUCUGCUUAUUGCAGAGACGGUGGCGACUAUGGUGAAGAAUAACCUUCAACCUUCUGGCAGUCCCACCUACAACAUGGCAGCAGGAGACGGGUCAAACCCAGGGCUGCACGGACUCACGGGAAGCAACACGCCGACUGCUGGUGGAUUGCCCGGCGGCCCAAAUUUCCCCUUGUUUGGCAUGCCUCGCCAGGAGAGGCAACCCCAAGGUGGUGAAUGUACGACCCCGGGAGCUGCUGGCCCACAGCAGCUACAGCAACAGCAGCAAGGUCAAGGUCACACAGAUGACUACAACAAGGUCACCCAAAACCCCAUACUGACAAGUUUAUUGCAGAUUACUGGGAAUGUUGGUUCCAGUCCCAGCUCCCAAAAUGCACCUCCACCCCACCAAACUCCACCCCCAACAUCCUCCCCUGCCAGCAACACUAAAAACCAUCCUAUGUUGAUGAACUUGUUAAAAGACAACCCCACGCAGGAUUUCGCUGCCCUGUACGGCUCGGGUUCAAUGGAGAGACAGAACUCUUCAUCUGGUUCUCCUCGAACGGACGGCAUGGGUGGAGCCUGCCCUGGAGGGAACCCAAAGGGGAAAAAGAAAAGACCCAGAGGGACGGAAAAGGCUGGAGGGAUACCUGGAGCGGGGACUUGUGGAGGAAGUGGUGGUUUGGGGAUGAAACCGCAGCAGUCGACCAUGGCACAACAGCAGCACCAUUCAGUGUCACACGAAGACGACUUUCACCGGGAGCUCUUCUCUAUGGACGUGGAUGCUUCUCAGAAUUCUAUUUUUGACGUCAACUUGACAGGUGACGGUCUGGACACGCCUCAUAGCAUCACUCCAGCACCAAGCCAGUGUGGGACGCCACCUCCUGGCUCUAAUAUGCCUUAUUCACAGUCUCACAUCCCGCCUCAGCAACCACCAGGAGCCGUCCCCCCCCGCAUGGUCCGACUCUCCAGCUCUGAUAGUAUUGGACCCGAUAUCACUGAAAUCUUGCAGGAUUUACCCGAACAAACAGGCAAAGGCAGCGGCGAGAGCCAUGGGCAGCACCCCAUGGGGGGCGGCGGGGAUGAUGUAGGCCCCUUGGGCACCCCCAUCCGGGACUCAUCCAGCUCCGGUCAAGGUAGCGCAGUGUUCGAUUCGGGAGACAUUUUUAACACCAACAGCAAUGAAAACCCCUUUACAGAUACGGAUCUGAUUCCAACUCCUCCUGAUCCCAUUCAGGAUAGCGAUUGUUCCUCCUCUCCGUUCUUUCCUGAUCCACCCGACUUCACCCCAGAGCACAGCUUCCCUCAGAACUUCUUUGAAACCUGCUCUGAAAGUCCUGAUGGAGUCAUGGAAAUGGUCAAGGGAUUUGGGAGUCAGCAGAAUACUCCAUCUGGAACUCCGCAGAAUCCUACUCCACACGGACAGAACACACCAGAACCCUCGCUGAAGGACCCAUUUGAUAUGGGGAUAGUGUUUGGAGGCAACAGUGGGAGUGGGAAACCGCUUCUGGGACACGCUCCUGAUCUUGGAGACACUCAUGGAGGAGGAUCCCAGAGUCCUCUCAUGAUGGGGCUUGGAGGUUCCUGUUCGGAUUUUAAAAGUACUGAACCCAAAGUCAAACAACAACAGGGUCUCGUUCGAGCAAAGGAUGAUAACGGGGGCAGUGGAGGAAGCAAUUCUGGAAUGGGAAUGGGGACCAGCUCAACCGAAGGGAAACAGGUUAAACGAAGUAGAACCCCAUCCAGUGAAGGGAAGUCAAAAGAAAAGCCUCCCAAACGCAAAAAGGUGGAUCCAGAUGGGAAAUCUCCCUCUCACAGUUCAGGUGGGCGACCUUAUACGCCCCCUAGUGGCGGUUUAAGUUCAGGGGUUAGCUUGAGCGCAGGAGGCUCCAAGUCUCCUGGUAGUUCAGGACGCUCCCAGACUCCCCCUGGAGUGGCCACACCCCCAAUUCCCAAAAUCACCAUUCAGAUCCCAAAGGGGACUAUAACUGGCGGGAAAACCUCGUCCCAUAGCGGAUACACCUCCAGCAGCUCAGCCUCCAGCAGCUCAGGCGGUGCAGGAAGUACGAGCAGCAGCAAAAGCCACCACUCUCACUCGUCUUCCUCCGGAAAGAUCAAGUCCAAAGAAAGCUCCUUAUCACAGGGAAACAACUCCAAACCAGGAGGAGCAGGAGGUGGAAGCGGACAGUCCCAGUCUAAAGGCUCCUCUCAAGGUGUUAGCAAACCAGGAUCGUCACCGAUAACAAAACAUGGAUUUUCAGGGCCCGGUGGUGCCGGAAGUGGUAAUAAAAUAAAGCCACAAGGAGGAAAACCUCCCGGGUCUCUGAUUAACCCCAACGUGAAGCCGAACAUUUCCCCCUCCCAUUCCCGCUCCGGUGGCUCUGGGGACAAACUCUCGUCUCCCAUGAAGAUGCAGCAACCACAAGUUCCAGGAACUCCUCCGUCCUCGAAGGCUAAAUCCCCAAUGGGGUCUGGAGGAAGCAGCUCGGGAGGGUCCAAGUCUUCCUCUGGUGGAAGCCAAAGCUCACAGAAACCAAUCGGUGGCGGCUCCUCUUCAACCGGAUCUUCAUCAUCCUCCAGUUCUUCCUCAUCCUCUGGUUCCAUGAGCUUCUCGGGAGGUUCCCAGUCUCAGUAUGUUGGUGGAGGGGGUGGAAGUGGAGGAGGAAGUGGAGGAAGUGGCGGGGGGAGCGGUCAGAACAACUCCAACAACCCCAACGCAAAAGGGAAGUCUCCCAGUCGGAACAAAAAGCCGUCACUAACGGCGGUCAUCGAUAAGCUGAAGAGCGUGGGUGGAGGAGGAGUCGGAGAAGACGGCUGCGAUGUAGGGCCUCCCGCUUCAGGAGCUGGUUCAACAUCUGCUCCUGGAGGUUCUGGAAAUGUUUCCAGUGGAUCUUCUAAUGUAGGCUCCUCCAAGCAUACCUCGUCCUCCCAAAGCGGCGAGUACAAACGGGAAAAAUCGGAUAAAGAGGCAAAAGCUAAAGUGUCUGUUUCUGGGGGGAACAGUGGCGAGAAGAAGACAAUGGACUCAAAGUCAGGUAGUGGAGGCGGGAAUACCCUCGCCAAAAUUAUCAUUAGCAAACCAGAUGGUGGCUCACCUAGCAUUAAGGCUAAAGUGACCCUCCAGAAGGCGGGGGAGGGAUCCGGUGACUCUAUGCGUCCACAGAUUUCUAGUCUCAAAGCGUCCCCGCUUUUUAGUGGCUCUACGCCCAAACACGACCGCUCGUCGCCCAGCCAUAGCCGGUCCCCCGCAUACACCCCGCUCAACCCCGACAGCGAGAGCGAAUCCGGUAGCAGCUCAGUCGCCGAGAAGUCCCACCAGAACAGCCCCAGCUCAGACGAUGACCAGACCAUGCGUCCUCUCCCUCCACAAGACUACAUGAGCUCCAUCUCAAUGGGUUCAGGGGAGAAGCACAAGAAACACAAGAAGGAGAAGAAGAAGCAGAAGGAGAAGGAG